GACCCAGGUGUCAACAUGGGCAAUACAAACUCCAAAAGCAGCAGCCGAAACAGUUCUAUCUCGGCUCAUCCGGAGCUAUCUUUUUAUGGCUCUUUUUCUAGGAAAUGGAAUGAGAAUGUCUUUUUGGAUAACGAACUCUUAACAUCCAAGAUCUUGUCAGCGCUUCGGCCACAUUCUGAGAGGGGCUUAAGAACUGGAAAUCUUCACUGUCCUGCUCAUUUUCUGAGUGCCAACUCUGUGUUUGCAUCCGUAGCAGCCUCUUUGAAAGAACAGCCUCGGAACACCCUCUUGGGAUCUAAUGGCACCCCAGUCCUGCCUCGGCAUGUCGGAAUGACUAUCUCAACAAGGGGAAGGCUUCAGUCGGCAAUGAACACUGCAGGAACUCUAAAUAGAUUUGGAUCAGAAAUGGAUGAAACUGAUUCUGGAUUUAUAAAAUUCAAGCAGACAACAGAUGAUUCUCUUUCACUUGCAUCAUCUACUACUGAAUCUAUUUUUGUGGAAGAUUCCUACUCUGCCUCACUAAGAAGUGAAAUAGAAGCAGAUGCCCAGGAGUUUGAGGCUGAGUCCUGGAGUCUUUCUGUAGAACCAGCAUAUGCAAAGAAACAAAAAAGAGAAGUAUUAAAAAGACAAGAUGUCAUCUAUGAGUUAAUGCAGACUGAAGUGCACCAUGUCCGAACUCUGAAGAUAAUGUUGAAAGUCUAUUCCAAAGCACUGAAGGAAGAAAUGCAGUUUAGUAGCAGAGUCCUCAACCGCAUCUUUCCAUGUGUGGAUGACUUGCUGGAAAUGCAUGGGCAGUUUUUGUACUGCUUAAAAGAACGACGCCGAGAAUCCUUGGCAGAGGGCAGUGAUCAGAAUUAUGUGAUCCAGAAAAUUGGAGACCUCUUGGUACAACAGUUUUCAGGUGAAAAUGGAGAAAGAAUGAAAGAAAAAUAUGGUAUAUUUUGUGGUGGUCACAAUGAAGCCGUCAGUCAUUACAAGGAAUUGCUCCAGCAAAACAAGAAAUUCCAAAACAUGAUGAAGAAAAUUGGCAACUUCUCCAUUGUGAGACGGCUUGGUGUUCAGGAGUGCAUUCUUCUGGUUACUCAGCGCAUUACCAAGUACCCUGUGCUGGUGGAGCGUAUUAUUCAGAAUACUGAAGCUGGUACUGAAGAUUAUGAAGACUUGAACCAGGCUCUUGGCCUAAUAAAAGACAUCAUCACACAAGUUGAUGCUAAAGUGAAUGAAUGUGAGAAGGGGCAGCGUCUCAAAGAGAUUGUUGGCAAAAUGGACCUCAAAUCUUCUGGCAAACUCAAAAAUGGACUGACUUUCCGGAAGGAGGAUAUGCUCCACAGGCAGCUCCAUCUCGAUGGAAUGCUGUGCUGGAAAACUGCAUCAGGGCGGUUGAAAGAUGUUCUUGCCGUCCUGUUGACUGAUGUACUUUUGCUGCUACAAGAGAAAGACCAAAAAUACGUCUUUGCAUCUGUGGACUCAAAGCCACCUGUUAUUUCAUUGCAAAAGCUAAUUGUUAGGGAAGUAGCAAAUGAGGAAAAAGCAAUGUUUCUGAUCAGUGCCUCCCUGAAAGGACCAGAAAUGUAUGAAAUUUAUACCUGCUCCAAAGAUGAGAGAAAUUCUUGGAUGGCCCAGAUCCGCAGAGCUGUGGAAAGUUGCCCUGAUGGAGAAGAAGAGCCAUUCAGUGAGGCUGAAGAAGACAGAAAAAUGGCUGAGGCCCGAACUAUAAAAUUGAAAGAAUUCCAAGAGCGUUUAAGCCGGAAGGAUGAACUGAUUGCUCAGAGUCUCAUUGAGAAACAACAGAUUUAUUUGGAAAUGUCCGAGAUGAAUAGCUUUGAAGAUCUUCCUCAAGGUUCCCGGCCCAGGUUCUUUUUCCGAGGAGGAGAACCCUCAGAGAAUCUACAAGGCGAGAUGAUUCUGAAGUCGGCAGUAUCUGAAAUUGAGAAUAUCCAGAACCUGAUCUAUAAACAGCUGGGCAGUGUCAGCUGUCGAAGUGAAGAUGGUGGUGGUGGUGGGGAUGAUCUGUUAUUACCCAGGAGAGCAGAGACCUUUGGAGGCUAUGACAAUAAUGCAAAUACAAAUAAAAAUGCCAGUUUUAAGAAAAAGGUCAGCAAUAGUGAUACCUGGUUCAAAGACCGGAGAAAUCCCUUUACCAGCUCAGACUCACAGCUUGGUGACCUUUCAGGAGAUUCUGAAGAGGGAUCACAAAUAUUAUCCUUUCAGACAGAGGGAACCCGAGUGGACUGGAACAACAGUUUGUCAAGCAUCUUGGAAUCUGAGCUUAUACAGAGAAUACAGAUGCUGUCACAAUUACUUCUCAACCUUCAGGCAGUGGUUGCUCAGCAGGACAGCUACAUUGAAAUGCAGAGGGCCAUGAUCCUGGAGAGAGAAAAGCAGUAUAGGCUGCAGUCAACACGUGGAAACUUCCUGUUAGAACAAGAAAAACAGAGGAACUUUGAGAAACAGAGAGAAGAACUGGCCAAUGUCCAAAAACUCCAGAAUCAGCUCAAACAGGAACAGCAACGAUGGGAGCGAGAACGUGAGCGGCAGCAGAAAGAACUGGAGUACACCGAGGCCAGGCUCCAGGAGCGCGAGAAUGAGUCCCAGCAGCUUAAGGAACGGCUGACCCAGGAUAAAGAGGAACUGGACAGGCAGCGAGAAGCCUAUCAGCAUGACCUAGAGAGACUCCGGGAGUCCCAGCGAGCCGUGGAAAAGGAAAAGGACCGGAUUGAACAUCUGAAAAAAUUGAAAAAACAGAACACUGUGUCUGGCACCUUACCUCCCGAAGGAAUAGAGGGCCAUAUACUGAGCACCUCCAUGAGUUUCAAUGGUGAAGGCCUUGAGGGGGCUGGACACCUAGCCAAACCCUUGGGAAGGACCAGCACACUGUUGUCUGGAUCUGAUUAUGUGGAGCGUCCAGAGGUGGCUCGUAGGGACAGCACAACAGCAGAGGGUCGCCCAGUGAAGAAUGAUGUGCCGAUUCAGCUACUGAGUGCCACCAACCAGAUCCAGAAGCAAGCUGCUGUCCAGCAGCAGAUUCCUACAAAGCUCGCUGUGUUCACCAAGGGGAGCAAAGAGAAGGGAGGAAAAGGCAAAGGUUCCCAGCGGUCUGACAGCUCCACCUCAUUUGACCUAAAACAGCAACUGAUGCUCAGUAAGCUUAUGGGCAAAGAAGAAAACACUAUAAGAAACCGCCGGUCCCUAAGUCCUGUCCUGACAAGCCAGAAUGUUAUUGUACAUCCAGAAUCUUGUAUCCCAGUGGACAUCCAGCCCCCAGAGAUCUCCCCUCUCGGCCCAGGAAAUAUGUUCAGGCCAAACAGUACUCCUAUCCUCUCCCCUCCAGCCCAGCUACCUAUGCACCUCACCUCCGAAGAAGAUGCCAACAAGGAAGAUGUUAUCUUUUUCUAAACUGCUGUAGCUCCAGGUGUUCCUGGUUCUAUCUUCUCUCCAUGGAGACUCCAGAGCAGCAGAGACCCUGUGCUGGCUGGCAUCUUCCAUCUCCUCCACAGUGACAUCUGCUUCAGAUGAAGCCAGAUUUCCUUUGCUACAGUGUUCACCUAGGGGCUCCCGAAAGGUCAUUGUAACAAUGUGGGCAUUUGCUUUUCUCUAUUUCAGGCAUAACCACUAUGGACUUGAACAUGGCCU